AUGAGUGAUAACAGUAAACUAUCUUACUUUAAUGAUCUCCGUCUGGGGGGAGAUUUCUGUGACGCAGUCAUCAGAGUUGAAGAUGUGGAGUUUAAAGUCCACAAAGUUAUCCUCUGUAACUGCAGCCCAUACUUCAGAGCUCUGUUCUUACGCUGGUCGACCCCAGAUAAAAAGAUCUUCAACAUACCUGACCUGUCUCCUGGCAUGAUGGAGCUCAUAAUUGACUUUGCCUACACCGGCUCUGUUUCUGUAACUGAGGAAAAUGUGCAGGAGCUUUUCCUAGCAGCCGAUCAAUUCAUUGUGAUGGACAUCGUCCAAACCUGCUGCGACUUCCUUGAGGAGCGACUCUGCCCAGAGAACUGUAUCGACAUCUGGCACUUCACUAACGUAGUCUUCCACAUGGGGCUGCAUUCCAAGGUGUACCGCUACAUCAUCGAUCACUUUGAUGAGGUCAUUUCCUGUGAAGAAUUCCUGCAGCUCUCCGUGGAGGAACUGGUUGACUUCCUCGAGAAAGAUGACCUGAAUGUGAAGCUUGAAAGAUCCGUGUUUGAUGCCAUUAUCCGUUGGAUUGGCCACAUACCGGAGGAACGAGGAGGACACAUCAGUUUGCUCUUCUCUAAGGUGCGGCUGGCAAUGAUGAGCCAAGAAAGCAUCAUGCUUCAUAUCAUGUCCAAUGACCUGGUGAGAAACAACGCUCAGUGCAUGGAGACUAUUCAAGCCUUACUUUCCGCUAUGAUAGACGGGUCCACAAUAAAUAGUCUCUCCCAACCUUUCAUGCGCCUCCGCCUUCCUUCUGCCAUCCUUUUGGCAAUUGGAGGGUGGAGUGGAGGUAAUCCCACUAACGGCAUUGAGGCGUACGACUAUCGAGCCGACCAGUGGCUCACUGUGACAAACAAUGCAGAGCGCCCUCGAGCCUACCACGGCACUGCAUUUCUCAACGGGUACGUGUACUGCGUUGGUGGCUUUGACCGCUUAGAGCAUUUCAACAGCAUGCGCCGGUUGGACCUCAGCACAUUUAUCUGGCAUGAGGUGGCACCAAUGUACCAUCGCCGCUGCUAUGUUAGUGUCACCGUACUGGAUGGAUGCAUUUAUGCCCUGGGAGGUUAUGAUGGACAUGCACGACUCAGCGCUGCUGAGCGCUACAAACCUGAGACCAACCAGUGGACUCUUAUUGCACAAAUGAAUGAGCAGAGGAGCGACGCCAGCUGUACAACCCUCAACAGCAAGAUUUAUAUCUGUGGUGGCUUUAAUGGAAAUGAGUGCCUGCAGACUUGCGAAUACUACACACCCGAAGCUGACCAAUGGACGAUGAUCAGACCCAUGCUCAGCCAACGAAGUGGAAUCGGCGUCAUUGCCUAUGCAGGCAGAGUCUAUGCAGUUGGUGGCUUCGAUGGCACCUCCCGUCUGCACAGCGCUGAAUCCUACAACCCCCACACCAACACCUGGCAUGAGGUGCCCUCCAUGUUGAACCCUCGCAGCAACUUCGGAAUCGAAGUGAUUGAUGACCAUCUCUUUGCUGUCGGGGGCUUCAAUGGCUUCACCACCUCGUAUAACGUUGAAUACUACGACGUAUCAACCAACGUGUGGACUGUGGCCGCAGACAUGGACAUUUUCCGCAGCGCUGUAAGCUGCUGUGUGGUGUAUGGGGUCCCCAACAUCGACAGGUUCACUGUCUCUAGAGACAGCCUGCUUUCAGACUUAGAGUUUGAGACUGCUGAGUCAGAUAACUCAGAAUAG